AUGAGGUCUCAAGCCAUCGCAGCAUCCCUCGUUCUUCUAUCCGCUCAGGCAGCUGCCCACACUAUCUUCCAAGAACUAUAUGUCAAUGGCGUCUCUGCUGGCCACCUGAAGGGCAUCCGUCAUCCUACCUCCAACGGACCUAUCACGGAUGUCACUACUAACGACAUUAUUACUGUAAUCACUGUCCCUGCUGGUGCCACCAUUACUCAUGAGUGGCACCACGGGCUCAACGGAGCUGACCCUAAUGAUGGGGACGAUCCUAUUGCUGCGAGUCACUUGGGCCCAGUCAUGGUUUACUUGGCCAAGGUUCCCGACGCGACUCAAGAAACGAUGACCGGACUCAAAUGGUUCAAGAUUGCCGAAGACGGCUUGGACGCGAACGGCAAGUGGGGCGUAAACCGUCUCAUUGAGAACGGCGGGAAGGCGAGCGCCGUCAUCCCCAAGUGCAUUCCUUCUGGAAACUAUUUCCUUCGUGCAGAAGUUAUCGGCCUUCACGGAGCUUCUACUUACCCAGGAGCUCAGUUCUACACAGGAUGUGCCCAAAUUAACGUCACUGGUGGUGGCAAUGCAUCCCCAGCCACCGUCUCCUUCCCCGGCGCUUAUGCCGGCACGGACCCUGGUGUCACGGUUAACAUCUAUUACCCCCCGUUGACCAAUUACGUCAUUCCUGGACCUCGUCCGUUUACUUGCGAUGGCUCUACGCCAACUACGCCAACCGCGCCAGCCGGUACCACAGUAGCAACGACCAAGGCUACAACUACUCAGACUACUACUUCACAAACUACCAAGAUAUCUACUUCGGCAGCUCCAGCCCCCACUGGUGGUGCUGCCAAGUAUGCUCAGUGCGGAGGCAUUGGCUGGACGGGCGCUACUGCAUGUGUCUCUGGGUCAACUUGCACCAAGCUCAACGACUAUUACUACCAAUGUUUGUAG